UAGACAGGAGAAGGCGGAGCAUUUCCUCCGUCGCUGUUGCUGCUCGGUAACCAGCCGCUGUAGGAGGUGCUGCUACCCCCAUCAUCAUGUCCAACAGCGGCAGCACCGCCGCCACCACAGCAACGACCUCAGCGGCAGCCUCGCCUCCCGCACAGCCGCCGCCGCCGCCACCCCCGCCGCCGCCGCCUCCACCACCGCAACCGCCGCCGCCGCUCCCUGGGACUUCGGGCGCCUCCACCACCACAGCCGCCGAGCCCGAGUUGGUGUCUCUCAUCCUUAACCGCCUCAAGAGCCAAGGACUCUUCGACCAGUUCCGCCGCGACUGCCUGGCCGAUGUGGACACCAAGCCUGCUUAUCAGAACUUAAGGCAGCGGGUGGACAACUUUGUUUCCAACCAUCUAGCAACUCAUACUUGGAGUCCUCACCUGAACAAGAAUCAGCUGAGAAAUAAUAUUAGGCAACAAGUUCUCAAAUCUGGAAUGUUAGAAUCUGGAAUUGACAGAAUAAUUUCUCAAGUUGUCGAUCCAAAGAUCAACCACAUAUUCAGACCGCAGGUAGAGAAGGCUGUCCAUGAGUUUUUAGCCACAUUAAAUCACAAAGAGGAGGCCAGUCCCAGCCCAACGCCACCUGAGGAAAAAACAGAUGCUUCUGUCCUGAUGCAAGGUGUUUCUGCUGCCGCUCCAAGCACAAACGUAGCUAAUGAUGCCAUGUCCAUUUUGGAAACGAUAACUUCUCUAAACCAAGAAGCAAGUGCAGCCAGGGCUUCCACAGAAACAACAAAUGCAAAGACUAAUGACAGAGUUUCAAAAAAACUCCAGUCUCAGCAGAGCAUGGACAGUGGUAUAGAGAAAGACCGGAAUGUGGAAGAUCUGCUAGAUGGAGAUAAACCUCUUUGUAACUCUAUAGAAGAAAGCUCUGAACCAGUAUCAAACUCUGAAGAUGUAGAUAAUUUAUUUUCUUCAAGUGAAGAAGGAAAAACUGUGUCAAAAGAAAUUAACAGUUUGGUAAACUCAAGCAAGGAAGUUGUGCAGGAAAGUGACGAACAGAAAAGUAAAUUGAUGGACAAAAGUGAUAGAAAACUAGAGAGCUUGGAGAAAGGAGAGAGGAAAAAAGACAAAAAAGAAAAAUCGGAGAAAAAGAUAGACCACUUGAAAAAGAGUGGUGAUGAUCUUAAGGCAAAAGAAGAAAAGGCUGUGAAAGACAGAGAAACAGAAUCCGUAAAAUACUCAGCUGUGGAAAAGAGCAGCAGUAAGCACAAAGGAAAUGAAAAUACAAAAGAAGAACUAGUUCUGGAGGAUUCCGAUGUGGACAUUCUCAGUGAUAUCACUGUUAGCUCUGUACACACCAGUGAUCUUUCUUCCUUUGAAGAACAGAGUGAAGAGGAAGUUGUACUUUCAGACAGCACAGAAGAAGGAGAAAUAGUUUCUGAUGAUGAAGAACACAAUCAGAUUAAAACAAAGCCAGAGGCUGAUGGGGCUAAUGAUAAAAAAACAAAAUCUGGGCGCCAUGCUUACGUCCAUAAGCCUUACCUCUAUUCCAAGUAUUAUAGUGAUUCUGAUGAUGAACGAACAGUGGAGCAACGGCGCCAGUCUGUUGCUAGAGAAAAAGAAGAGAGACUCUUAAGGAGAAGGCUUAACAGAGAAAAACUGGAAGAAAAGCGGAAACAGAAAGCUGCAGAAAAAACAAACAUUUUGAAAAAUGGAAAUCAAGGUAAAAGCAUUCAAAACUUGGAAGAGUCUUCUGCCAGAGGACUUGAACUGAAAGCCAGUGGUGCCAGCAUCAAGGAUGUGCUUAAAGAACAAAGGUUUUUAGAAAAGAAAGUCGCCCUAAGCAGGAAAAGAAAGAGAGAGUCAAGGCAUGAAGAAGGCAAGAAGAAAAAAUGUGAACAGUCUGAGGAAGAUCUUGGAGAACUUCAAAAAAUUACUGAAAGUGGUGAAAAGCCUUCCUCAAAAGACGUGAAGGGCAGUCAAGGCAAAAAUGAAGUGAGUAAACUUGUUAGAAGACUUUCAGAGUCGGCACAUUCCGUUGACGAAAACAGAAGUGAUUCCAAGGUAGAAAAAGAACACAAGAGAAGAGCAUCUGCUACUGUCCAGGUGGAGGGAAUACAGCAAGAGACUGAAGCCAAGUCUCAAUUGGACAAAGCAGAGACCAACCUUGAAGAACCACAAAAGCAGAAAAAUAUACUUAAAAAUGAAAAGCAUGUUAAAAAGGAUGACUCAGAAAUGCAAAGUUUUAGAAAUGCACCCAAGAAAGAAGCUAGAUCAUCGAAAGAUAAAAUUGAAAAAGAGAAAAGUCUUUCUGACGAUAAAUCAUUUGUGAAGCAUAAAUAUAAAGGAGAAGGGGUUCAUAAAACAGGUGAUGAGGCUGAAAAUUUGCCAUCUGAGAGAGGGCUGAAAAUUGAGGAGAGUCUUCAGAAACAUAGCCAGCUAACAAAAGCUUUUUCAGAUGACAAACCUGAACGAAAGAAUAAGCACAGAAGUGAAAGAAAAACAUCAAUAAGCAGCAAAGAUGUUAAAAAUGUUUCUGAAGCUUUCAGAAACGAAGAAGGUUCACGUAAAGAAAACAGAAAAGACAGACAGGGUUCUAUAGAUAAAUCAAGAGCAGAGCACAAGUCCAAAAAACUGUCAAGUGAUUCUAGACCACAGAAGGAGUCACAGGGUGCUUCAAAGCAACAUGGUUCUGUAACAUCAAGGAAAGGUGAAAGUUACUCAGAAGAUAAACAUGAUGCAGAAUUGACUAACUUUGAUAACACUUUAAGGCAAGGUGAUAAUGUACACAAAGACAGGCGAAGAUCAAAGAGUGCCUUGGAAGAAAGGUUCUUGUUAAAGUCCAAGUCCAAGAGUCAUAGCAAACAAGGCAAAAUACCUGAGAGUGAAUUGCAAGAAAGUUCUUCUAAGCAGGAAUCUGGACAGAAAUUAGACAAAGAUAAGAAUGCAGAUGAAAGUGAUCCAGAUAAGCAGUGUAAAUCAAAAGCUGAAAUUAAAGUUUUUGAAGAAAACUCUGUGGAAUUAGACCUUGAAAGUGGAGCACAUUCAGUUAGUAGUUCUCAAAAAGAUGUUAGCCAUAGAGUUAAAUUACAGUCAGGAGAAAAAUCAUCUCUAAAAGAGAGAACUAAAAGCGAUAAAGAUUUAAGUAGUUCGAGGAUGGAAAGGAAAUUGUCAGUAGAAGGUCACAAAAACAGAAGUUUGAAGCAUAGUAGUAAGGAAGUUAAAAAGAGAGACGAUGACAGCAAACCAGAUGACAAAGCUGUUAAACAAAUAGAUAGUCAUACAAAGCAGCAAGACAACAGUCUGGUCACAGAUAAAAAAGCUGUUAAAAAAUUAACUAGUGAAAACAGAAAGGGAAAUUUGUCAGCCCAAGAAAUAGAUAUAGGAGAGGAAAAAUCAGCAGUCACAUCUGUAGCCAACCCUUUCCCAUCCAUUGAGAAAACAGUCUGGACUAGUGGGCACUUGUUACAUUCUGAACAAAGCCAAGAGCCAAGGGAGAUUCAGUCAGAACAAAGGCAUAGUCAUGCACAACACCAAAUAUCUCAAGCUGAAGAAGGAAGCAGUAAUAACUUACAACAAGAAACUAAAUGUAAAAAUGCCAGAGACCAAAUGCAUCAUAAUUCAAUGCAUGGGUUGAAUAAAGCUUUGCCUACUAAAAAAAUACCAAAACCUUCUCUUUCCAGUUUCACUAAUCCCCCCAAAAAGGUUGAAAAUGCUCCUGCAAAGGAAGUGGAUAUGCCAAGUGACUUCUUAAAACAAGCUUCUAAAGAUGUGGGGUCCGUUGAACAGCAGCCAUGUCAUGUGACCACUGAGUAUGAGAUUAGCGAUAGAAUUUUCCUUGAUGUUUCUCAUAAGGAAAAUGAAACACUAAAAUUGCAAAGAAUGACUGAGGAUGCUCAGUCUCCAAAGAAUCUUAAAAAUAUAAUUGGUUCAAGUGAAGAAAGCAGUUCUCCAACCACAAACUCUUCAAAUGAAGGUGUUGUCCAUCAGACAUCUAUGAAAAUGAAUCUUGCCGAACUCAAAAACCCUUCAAGUGAUGUAUUUAAGGAGGAGUCUUUUAAUUUGCAAAGGCCAUCUAGUAAAGAUAUAAAUUUAGACAAUGAAACAUACACUGCUAAAAUAGAACAACAUGGUAGCAUAGUACUCAAUAGUAACACAAAAGAGAGUGAUAUCACAGACAUGGAAAUUGUUAACACAGGUGGCAAAGUUCACAUAAGUUGUAAAGAAGCAACUGAAGAGAAAACAAGUGCUUUUACAGGCAUUCAUGAAGCUACUGUGCAAAGGAGAAUUGCAAGUGGAUUAACUGGCAUUAUACAGAGUGAUAGUCUGACUGGCCCAAUUCAGGUGCUUACAGAUGCAAGUACAAACAAAUCUGCGUUAACUAACUUGGAGAAAAAAGAAAGAGAUAAUCUAGGUGAACCUUCUGCAAAAAAACCUAAAGGUGGUACAGAAUGCAAAGACAAAACAAAGGAAAAAUAUACUGUCAGUGCUGGAAAAGAAUUGUCUUCAGGGUCAGUACCCAAUAGUGUUCCAGAAGAAAUAAGAAAAGUUUCUGUGUUGGCCAGUGGAGGAGGAGGUGAUAUAAGAGGGGUCACUGAAGAUAAAACUGAAAACAAUGUUGUAGGCAGCAGUGUAGGAAGCAGCAGUUGCUUUAGUAUCAGCAACAUCACAGAGACUGAUGUGAUUGUUAUCGGAACUAGCACAGAGAGAAUUACUGGGAGUUCUGUAACAGCCACGAGUACUGGAGGAAGCCUAGAUGAAGAAGGUACAUCAAUUCAUUUGCAAAGAGAAGACGAUGCCACCAUUACUUGUUCAGAAGAAAAAAGUGAGACUGUUUUGAGCUGUACAAGUAUAGAAGCAGAUGAAGGUUUCACUGUGAGAUGUUGGACCCCAGAUAAGGAUGGUGCCCAUUCUAGAUCAGAAAAGUGCUUUGGUGAAUGUACUGUCACAGCAGCUGAAGGAAGUGGUGGUGGUACUGAAGGGCUUGCAGUGUGUGAAAGUUCUUCAGCCAGCACAAAAGAGGAAAAAAUUGGUGAAUGCAUUGUGAAUUAUGUAGAAGAACGUUCUAAACAGUCAAUCAAAGAAAGUAGAGUAGAACUUGAACAAACUGUGAAUAGUGUUGAAACCGAAGAGAAAGAUGAUGCUGUAACCAGUGCAGGCUCUGAGGAAAGGUGUAUGGCUUCUGUCUGUAGUGGUACAAGCAAUUUUGACAGUGCUACUACCUGCCUCAGUGAAAUAGAAAGUGAUGGUGCUGUAACCAGUGCAGGUACUGAAGCUCAGGACAGAUCUGUGAUCAGUGAAAAUCCAGAUGAAUUUCAGAGUAAUACAGCUGAAAAUGAGCGUGUUAAAGCUGCUGAGGGUGCUGUGACUUGUACAGGUGCAGAAAGAGGAAGUGCUGGCUCUGCCAUCUGUUCAGUGACUGGUACAGACUUGCAAGAUGACCAUGCUGCGACUGCAGUAUGUGUUCAAAUGGCCAACAAUGUGGCACCUGGACCACAUGCUGACAAAAGUGAAGACAUUGUGAAUGGUGAGAGUACUGUCACCAGCACAGGCAUAACAGCAGAAGAUGAUCCUGAAGCUGCAGCUGCUUGUACUGGCUUGGAGGACAGCAAUGAAGGUUUUGCAGCAGCUUUAGACACACAAGAAAAAUAUGAGCUUGCCACAGACAGGACAGUGGCUAGAGCUGAAAUGAAUGUCCUUGAUGUCAGUCAAGGCUCCUAUGAUGAUGAAGGUUGUGUGACUAGCACAGGUGCCAAAGAAGAUGAUGAAGAAGGUGAAGGUUUUGUUACUAGUACAGGAAGAGGGAAUGAAGAAGCAGAACAGACGUUAGCCUGCAGAGGAGCAGAAGAAAGUGAAAGGGUGCUGGUUUGUGUCGGAGCCACAGAAAGUAGGAGCUCCUCCAUCUGCGUUGCUGCAGGCCAGCUCAGGACUGAAUUAGGCGAUCUUGCCUCAAAUGCUGACAAAGGUACUGCUGACAGCAUGGCAGGCUUAGAGAAAGAAGUGAAGAUUGAUGAUAUCCACAACAGCACAAAGGGAGUAGUUGAGAGUAGUACCACUAGUGUUGGUACAGGUAGUGAAAAUGUUACGGCGUUUGAUGCAGAAAAAGAAUCUACUGAGAAACAUGAGUGUGACAUGAUUAUUGCAACAUCAGAGCAAGGUAUAGAUCAGAAGUCUGCUGUGGAAGAGAAGAAUGAGAAUGCCACAUCUUUCUUAGAUGGUAGGAAAUCUGAAGGCCUGUUUAGGGUGGUCUCCAAGAAAGUAGCUGCUCUUUCAGCACCUGCCAAUGAAGAUGAGGGAGGUGAAGGAGAGACAAUCUCUACAAGUGUGGUCAAAGUGUGCCCUACCUCUGCACAUUAUUCUGCCACUCACAUUGAGCAAACAUCACCACUUGUUGCAAAAACAGUUGAAAACCUUGAGAAAACCACAAGCCUCCUAAGUGCAGAAGAUUUCAAUGUCCCUAUGCCUAGCACAGCUGUCGAAUAUAUGAAUCAGGAUGGAGCUUCUAGUAAACCAAAUAAAGUUUCCACAACUAUUUUGGAAGAAUUUGAAGCCCCUAUGCCAAGUGCAACAAUGGAAGAUGACAAGAGUAUAUUUCUUACUGAACAAGCUGUAGAAAUCAACACUGAUGUGGAAAUGUGUGCUGUUCCCAUGCCCAGCAUGUCUACUGGAGAUGCUUAUGAAAGCAAUACAGUUCAUAGCAAAGAAGAAAGGGAUGAAUGCACUGUGAUUUCCACAAGCAUAGCUGAAGAGCCAGACGGUUCCAUUUCCCAAGAAGCAACUGAAGAUGUAGAUCAACAUCUUUCCAUGAGACUAGAACAAACGUCUGACACAACUGUGAUCUCAACAAGCUCAGCAGAACAGUAUGAGACUUCUCUGUCUCCUGCAGAGAGACAAGAGGUUAAUCAGGUCUGUAGAACUGAAGAAAGGCUUGAAACUUUUACUAUUUCUACAACAGAGGGAUGUAACAAAGUUAUCCGUGGUAUAUUUGUGCCGCUAGAAACUCAAGAAAGAGAUGAACGUACUAGGGUUUCCUCAAAUGGAACAGAGGGAUUUGCUCAGGAAGCUGCAAGCCAAGAGUGUGUUCAAAGCACAGAAAAAAGCAGCCAAAGUACUAUAACUUUGGUUGGAAAGGGAGGAAAACAUGAUGCCCUUGGACUUAGUGUUGCCAGUGUUAAACCUGAUGAGCAGUUGGUUGCCUUGAGUACAGACAAUCCAGAAGAUAGUACAAAGAUCUCAGCUGGAACAGUGGAAGAAUGUGACAGUGUCUCUGCCAUUGCUGCCUUAGAGAAAACUCCACUUGCAUUUGCAAGCAAAGAAAUAAAAGAUGAAGAUGUUCUUCAUAGAGAGAGCCAAGGAUUCCAUCAGGGAAAACCUGAGGGUGUUUUGGAAGAAUCAUCCAUGUCUAAGUCCACUGAUGAUGCCAAAAGCACAGCAAUGCCUGAAAAUUCAGUGAAAUAUGAUAAUGCUGUGGAAAACCUCAGCAUGGAAAUUUUGGAUUCUUCUGUCAGUGAUGGAACAUCCACUGAAGCCUGCAUACAUGGGUACAGGACCCAAGAGAGUGAGCAACAUAAUGAAGCUCCAUCUGGUAUACCACUGAAGCAAAAAAGAGAGCAUGUGAAUUUAGCAAUAGACUGUAUUAGUCUCAAACCAGUAUUAGAAACUGAUCUUGCUGAAACAAGGGAUCUCUCUACUAGGAGAUGCUCAACUUCAUUACUUUUUGACUUUGAAAGAAAUUCUGAGAACAGUGCACUUGGUAGAGGAGCAGAUCUCUGCAGUCAGGAUACCUUGGCUGACAUAAAUGCUAAAGUGGAUAACCAUCAUGAACCAGGAGCUUCUUCUCAAGAGGGUACAGCAUCCAGUUCUGACAACCAAGAAAUUAUUUCAGUUGUGGCUGAAGAACUGGAACAAAGGACUAAGAUGACAGCUGUUGAGGAUCCACAAUGUAGAAAUCUGGCAAAGGAAAAUCUCUCUGAAGAGAUUCGACCAGAAGACAUUGCCAAAGCACUUGAAACGUCAGAUGCUACUGUCAUGUCAGAAGUGGCAGAAGUCCACAUUUCUAGAGAGAAAUCAUUAGAGUUGCAGGUAGAAAUACCUGAUCAGAAGGAAGAGAGCUUCAUGCCAGAAACAGACAAACAUCCUGCUACUGGAGAGGGUGAAUCAGAUGGUGGUCCAGUGUGUCAGAUUUUGGCGGAGGAAGCUGAACAGAGCCAGUAUUUUGAAGCCAACCCAGAAAUUAAUACGGAAACAACUACCAUAGACUCAGAAGAAAUGCUUGAACAAGGUACAAAGUCUCAGGAACCUUCAUCAGAAAUUGCAGAAGAAAAAGCUUUUUCCCCUGCAGAUGAAACUGUUGGCAAAGUGGAUAUUUGUGAAAAGUCAGAUCAGGAGUCCCAUUCAAAUCCUGUUGAGGUAAAAAAGCAAGUAACAGUUAAGCGGAAAAGAGGAAGACCUCGUAAAUAUCCUGUUGAGAUAAUGGCACUGCUUGGUCAAGUUUCAGAAGCUGACCCAAGAACUGGAAAUAUGGUGCAGUCUUCGGGUUAUACCAACAGGCAGAUAAAGACCCCAAAAGUCAAAGGUUCAGUGAAUGAGAGAGACACAGAAGCUAGAGAAGGGGAGGUGGAGGUGGUUUUACGUCGAAGAGGAAGGAAGCCCAAACGGCCUCUAAUUCCUUCAGAGGAAACAGGAAUGGACACACCUGAGCCAGAUAAAAAACGUCAGAAGCUAGCACUUGCUGUUGAAGAAGAAACAAAAGGCCCAGAUGAAAGCAAGGAGAGUGGCAAUAAUGAAGGAGGGGACAGUGACAAUGGUGAUGAUGCUGAUGAGAUGCAUUCAGGAGCCACAACUCGGUCAGCCUCAAGAUUAGAAGCUCAAAGAAAGCAGCCCAGCAAGCCAACGACACGUGCCGCAUCUAAAAAUCAAAGCCAAGGUGCAUUUCCUCCUACAAAUCACCGAAAUAUAGGAAAAAAACAGUCACCUACCAGUGCAAAAUCUAAUAAAUCUCCUGCAGCACAGUCAAAGGUACCACCCACCAAGCGUAAAAGAGAAGCUAGUCCCCCAGUGUCACAUAAGAAAAGUCAUCAGAGAGCAGAUGAAAUGGACGGGAAGAAGUCUAAGCGGUAGUUGCGCCCCGUACCAGAUGAUUGGGGGAUGGAAAAGACAAACUCCUGUCUGCUUUUGUGUAAUUUUUUUUAAAAACCAAGAGGGUUUGCAUGCACUUGUUUCCAAGUUAUAACACAUGUUACCUAUGUAACGCAUUCAAACAGCUUUAUAAACUAUGUGUUUAUGCAGAAGACUAUAUACAUUGCAAAAGUUUACUUUGUGUCUCAAGCAGAGAUUGUCAAGGGCGACUCCCUAAUGCUGAUGCUUCCAAUCCACUCAUCACCAGUGGCCUCUUAAUGACACCUUUUGUACAUAAGCCACAUAUUUUUAAAAAGAAUGUAUUUUACUGUGUAUAAACUUAAUCAAACAGCAAGGACUGGUCUGUGACUUGUUACAUUAUCCUAUGUUGGCCGUUUUAACUGGAUUCUUAAAUGUUGUGCAGCCGUCAUUAGCAUUGUAUAGGAGAGGGGAUUCUUUGUCAAUGGAAUCAACAAAUCUCUGACAACUGGCAAAGUACUCUCUUGCAUGUAUUCAAGUCAAGUAGAAUUAGUAUAAGGAGACUAGUUCCUUUCCUCACACUUGUGGCUUUCUGUAUGGUAAAAAAUUUAAAUUGCAUUUACAGUGUUGAGUAAAUGCAUCCUAUUCACUUGAAAAUAUAUUUUCAUCUGUAAAUUUUCUCCCAGCAUCAAAGUAGCUAGAACUCAUUAAGGUAGAACUAGACCCCUUCAGCUGAAACUUCAGAAUUUAAAACUGACUCAUUUUGAAGUUUUUAAUUGUUUUUCUCUCAGUAUUUCUCUUUUUCAGUUGAAACACACUGAAAUUAAAGUAUCACUUUUAGGAUUUAAAGAUCUUCACCAUUUAUCUUACACUUUAUAUACAAGUAUUAAAAGAGAAUGUAGAACCUGAUCCAGUUUCCAGAAUCCUUAGUAAACUUACAUUUUGCUCUCACAAGAACAAAUCUUCAAGUUCAGUUUCAUGUAAAGCUUUUUUAAUUACUAUCAAAAUUUGUCUCUUGCAAGGAUGUGGUAAGUUGCCAAAUAACCUGAGAUUAUUUUAAAAUGUUCAUAUUCAUGUUUUAUAACUAAAAUCAGCAUUCUAUGUUUUUUUAAUUUGUUUUGUUUUUGUUUUGGGGACUUUAUUGUUGUAAUGUGAAUUUUUCUGUCA